UACUACUACUACUACUAAUAAUAAUAAUAAAAUAAAAAGUUCUUGGGGCUUCAAAAUUUUGCAUAUAAAUAAUAGCAGAAAGUACCUGCAUGAGGCAGACAACAUAACCCUUCUUUUUCUUCUUUUAAUUAUAAUUUUGGUCUGUAGCUCUGAUCUCUUCUACAAUAUAUAUAUAUCCAAGUUUUGUGAAAGAGAUAUAGAUUUACAUAUAUAUAGCUAGGUUAAAGAAAGUUAUAUAAGAAUAAUAAUAAUGAUGAUGAUGAUGAAAGUGUGUUGUUGUUCUUCAUUAUUUUCUCAUAUAGUGAGAGUGUUAUUAUUUUCCAUUAUUUUAUUGGGUGUUCUGAUUAAUCCAUCAUGGGGUUUGAUAAAGUUGCCGGCAAAUGAGACAGUUCCGGCGGUGAUUGUGUUCGGAGAUUCGAUCAUGGACACAGGCAACAACAACGGUCUCAAGACUCUGGUCAAGUGUGAUUUCGCUCCUUAUGGCCAAAAUUUCAAGGGCAGAAUACCUACUGGAAGGUUUGGUGAUGGGAAGGUCCCUUCAGAUCUAAUAGCUGAAGAAUUGGGCAUUAAAGAAUACGUGCCAGCAUAUUUGGACCCUAAUCUAAGCCCAAAUGAUCUCCCGACUGGGGUUUGCUUCGCUUCCGGUGGCUCAGGAUAUGACCCCAUGACUCCCAAAAUAGUGUCUGUCAUAUCAUUCGAAGAACAGCUACGAAUGUUCAAAGAGUACAUAGGAAAGCUUAAAGCAAAAGUUGGAGCAAAGAGAACCAAAUUCAUAUUGGAUAAUGCCAUAUUUUUAGUUGUAGCUGGUAGUGAUGACAUUGCUAAUACCUAUUUCACAAUUCGUAUUAGAAAAUUACAAUACGAUGUCCCUGCUUAUACAGACUUAAUGAUCCAAGGAGCUUCAGAUUUCAUCAAGGACAUAUAUGGACUCGGGGCAAGAAGAAUUGGAGUAUUUUCAGCACCACCAAUAGGUUGUGUCCCAUCACAGAGAACUUUAGGUGGUGGAAUACUAAGACAAUGUGCAGAAGAAUACAAUGAAGCAGCACUCAUGUUCAACUCCAAGCUCGCUUCCACCAUUGACUCACUUAUGCCUAAACUUUCGAAUAGCAGGCUUGUCUACGUCGAUAUUUACAACCCGCUUCUCGAUCUCAUUGUCAACCCUCAAAACUACGGGUUUGAAGAAGUGGAUAAAGGGUGUUGUGGAACAGGGGCGCUAGAAGUGGCAGUACUAUGUAACCCUUUGACUCCACCAUGUGAAGAUCCAUCGAAACAUAUAUUUUGGGAUAGUUAUCAUCCCUCUGAAGCAGCAUACAAAGCCUUGGUUCCCAACCUUCUCAAAAAAUAUGUCAGCAGCUUCUUCUUCUAAUUAUCGAACACCAUCACUUGGUUAAUUUAUAUAUACGCAAUGCUAUUAUUAAUUGUUGGUUUUUGGCCAGCUUUAAUUAAACUUUACAUAUGAUUUUGUGUAACAAAAAUGUUGGGAUUUAAUUUAGUUUUCGUUUUCUCAUUCAA